AUUGACGUGACGGUGGAGAGCGGUGCUGUGCCAGUGACCCGGGAACGCGAGAGCCCGUAUUCGGUGUCACAGCAGCGGGGACUCGUCCUUGACAGAAAAUGACGACGGUGGAGGAGCUGUACCGUAACUACGGGAUACUGGCGGACGCCACGGACAACGUGGGCCAAUAUAAGGAUUCGUAUCAAGCUAUUCUGGAUGGUGUGAAAAGUGGUGCAAAGGAGAAAAGAUUGGCAGCACAGUUCAUUCCAAAGUUCUUCAAACAUUUUCCAGAGUUGGCUGAUAGUGCUAUCAAUGCUCAGUUGGAUCUCUGUGAAGAUGAAGAUCUUUCAAUUCGGCGUCAAGCCAUUAAAGAAUUGCCUCAGUUUGCAACAGGUGAAAAUCUUCCAAGGGUUGCAGAUAUAUUAACACAGCUUUUACAGACUGAUGAUAAUGCAGAAUUUAACUUGGUUAAUAAUGCAUUAAUAUGUAUAUUCAAGAUUGAUGCUAAAGGAACCUUGGGCGGUCUUUUCACACAGAUAAUCCAAGGAGAAGAUAUUGUACGAGAACGUGCCAUUAAGUUUCUUUCCACAAAACUGAAGGCUCUACCAGAGGAAGUCAUGAACAAGGAAGUAGAAGAAUACAUUUUUGUUGAAUCUAAAAAGGUACUUGAUGAUGUUACAGGAGAAGAGUUUGUUUUAUUCAUGAAAAUUCUGUCUAGCCUGAAGAACCUUCAGACAGUAAGUGGUCGACAACAAUUAGUCGAGUUGGUGGCUGAACAGGCAGAUUUAGAACAAGUGUUUAAUCCUGCAGAUCCAGAUUCUGUGGACAGAUUACUACAGUGCACAAGACAGGCUGUUCCUCUUUUCUCAAAAAAUGUCCAUUCAACCAGGUUCGUCACCUACUUCUGUGAGCAAGUAUUACCAAAUCUGAGCUCCCUUACUAGUCCAGUAGAAGGACUUGACAUUCAGUUAGAGGUUUUAAAGUUACUGGCAGAAAUGACACCUUUCUGUGGUGAUAUGGAAAAGUUAGAAAGUAAUUUGAAGCAAUUGUUUGAAAAAUUACUGGAAUAUAUGCCAUUGCCCCCAGAGGAGGCAGAAAAUGGUGAAAAUGCAGGCAACGAGGAGCCCAAGCUACAGUUUAGUUAUGUUGAAUGUCUACUGUUUGGCUUUCAUCAGCUUGGAAAGAAACUUCCUGAUUUCCUUACAGCAAAACUCAAUGCAGAACGACUUAAGGACUUCAAAAUCAGGUUACAGUACUUUGCUAGAGGCUUGCAAGUUUAUAUCAGGCAGCUACGACUUGCUUUGCAAGGAAAAACAGGUGAAGCUUUGAAAACAGAGGAGAACAAGAUUAAGGUUGUUGCAUUGAAGAUAACCAAUAACAUUAAUGUUCUUAUCAAGGAUCUGUUUCAUAAUCCUCCCUCUUAUAAAAGUACAGUCACCCUUUCUUGGAAGCCCGUACAAAAAGUUGAAGGGGGGCAAAAACGGAUGUCUGAGGAAAACACUUCAUCCCCUCCCAAGAAACAGCCUCCAGCACAAAAGCGAGAUACCAGGCAAAUCUACAACCCGCCUAGUGGCAAAUACAGUGGUAAUCUUGGUAACUUCUCUUAUGAACAAAGAGGUGGCUUCCGUGGCGGCAGAGGUCGAGGCUGGGGUGGACGAGGAAAUCGUAGCAGGGGGCGCCUCUAUUAGAAAUAAAGAUUCCUUCACCAUUGUGUAUUGUGCAGUGAUUGCUAUGUACUAUAUUCUUGGGAUUGCUACAGAGCACCUGCAAGAACUGCGAGUAGUCUUCAAAGGAGAAUUCUGUAUUUAAGGCCUAAUUUCUAAAAGAUCUUUGUACAAUUCAAUCUUUUGUUUAUAUUUUGGUAUGUGAAGCUGUUUUUUUCCAAAACUACAUUCUGAAAGUACUUUUUAAUUUCCUUUUUAGUUUAUACAGCUCUUCAGAUAUCUGCAGUUAUAGACUGGAAGGAAGUUUCAAAACGAAAAACAGCAGUGUUUGACAUUCCAAAGUCCAUCUUUCUAUAGCACCAUGGUAAAAAUUAAAAUAUAGUAGAAAAAAAUUGGUGAAUAUUGCUCAUUUGAUACAAUCAAAUGAUUUAUUCAUGUACUUGUGUCCCAGCAAUGUGAUGUACGGCUGGAUUUAGGUCAGACUUAAAAUGUUAUGAUCCAAGACCAAAUGUAGGAGCUUCCAAAAUAUUUUGGCGUAUUUUCCAAAAUAAAAUACGCCACCAGAAGAAAAUAGCAUUACUAUAAAAUUUAUGCACAUGAGAAUAGCAGCACUGGUAAUUAAACUUUUUAAUCCCAUUCAGCAAGCUCUUACACCGAUCAAAGCAGAUGGGUAAUCUGCUCUAAUGAGUAAUUUCUGGGUCUCAGUGGUAUUUUAUAUAAAAAAAAGACUCAUGGGUCUUGAGUCCUCUUUUCCAGUUGAUGUUUUACCAGUGCCCACUAAUUUUCCAGCGAAGACUAAGAAAUUCAGCUGUCAAAAUUGCAGAUAGAAUACCCAUAUUUAUAUAGUGUCUGUUAUAUACAGUACUAGAGACAAGUUGAAGCUCUAAGGAGGCAUCUCACUCUCAGCUCAGUGUAUCCCAUUCAAUAAACAAAAGACACUAUACCUAUGGAUGAAUAACACAUUAUAGGCUGUGAUAAACUUGCUCAUGUUAUGUACAGUGUUUAUAAUUUGUUCCAUUUUGGUCUGUACAGAUUUACUUAGUGUUUAUAGAGUUCUACUGCAUUUUAGAACGUUUGUUAAACUAAUUUGAUUCCAUACUUUAUUGUUCAUCUUCAUGGCCAGCCUUGAUAUCAAAGCUCAUUGUGCCUUUCUUUGUACAAUGGGUUUCAUUUUGAUGUCAGAAUACAACUCUGAUGAUAAGUAUUUGCUGAACUAUAUACAUCACUUCCCGAGUAUGUAUUCCAGCCCUUAAUAAAUCAGUAGUUAAUAAGCUCCAUGUUUUAAUGUUUUAGCUGGUCACCUUCUAAAUUUAAAAUUGAUUUUGAAGGUCAUUAUGCUCUUGGAUUUAAAUCUGUUGAGUAAUUGCUUAUUAUAUGACUACAGGUACUUGUGAGCAAAAUUAUGCAGCAGUAACUUGAUCCUUUAAUAUAUUUCUAUUGGAGCUUUAAAGUAUAUUAAGUAGAGUUUACUACAGUACUAGACUAGCUAUACAUUUUUAGGAAUCAGUAGACUUAAGCACAAUAUUUUAACACCAGUUAAAUGCUAAAGAAAUACUACUUAUAGCAGUACUUGCAACCCAUACUGACCUUGAAAAUGUCUGUUCUGAAUUACCGUAGAACUUGUAUAUAUUUUUCAGUGCCAAAAUUUGGGAAGGUGUCUUCACUGAAUACACAAACUUUUUGAGGCUUUAGUAGAAAUGUUAAUUGUUUAUAAAAUUUGAAUAAUGAGCUAACCAUCCUCAGUGGCAAAAACAAAAUGGUCUUGAGAGUACAGUUCAGAUAAGUAUAUUAGUGAUUUUUAAAAAAACACAAAAUGCCAACGCUAAGUAGUUCAAAAUAUUUGAGCAAUGCUGAUCUGUUUGGAUUGCUGUUUAACUACCAAGAUCUUAAAUUUACCAUUGUGCAAAUUAAUAUAUUAAGGUGUAUUUUGGAAGCUUGCUUUUGGAAGUUAAUGAAUACUUAUGCAGUGAAUGUCAGCAUGCAGUGAAUAUUGGCAUGCACAAUCUUUAUGUAUUCAUUUUUUGAAAUCCAGUCUUUGUACUGUCUAUCCUUGGUAGGAGUGAAUUAAUGCAGUAAAUAUGAAGGCAUGUGGGGAAAGAUUUUUUUCUUUUGUAAGUUGUACAGUUGGAUCUAUUUUUUUUUUGUCUUUGGUCUGCGGUAUAACAGUGCCAGAGCAUUUUUUUUAAAGUUGUGCAAAAGGUUCUGAUUAUCCUUGUGCAGAAGUUUUAUUUCAAUACUUGGAUUUAAAAUUUCUAAAAUGUAUUAGAAAAGCUGUAACUGCACGUGACUUUUAUAGAGGCGUCUGUACAUAUUGAGAGAAUGCUUUUUUAGGUGUUUGCUGGUUUUAUUAAUGUCAUUGCAGCUUCUGUUGAGAAGUGCAACAGUUUGCAGCAUUGCUUUCUUUCCGUAGAAGGAAGAGUCAGUCCACCCUUUUUGGAAUAUAUGUUUUAUAUGGUAAUGGUGCACACCGAGUAAUAUUUUUGUAUUGUGCAUCUAUAUCAGUUAGUAAACAAUGAAGAAAAAUAACUACAUUGUCAACAGUUUUUCAAUAACUUGACAUAACCAAUAUCUAUUGAACAGAUUUAAAUAUUUUUAUAGGGCUAUUAAUUUCAAUCUUGUGUACAGAUGCGCAGUUUUUCAGAUUUUUAAAACAAGUGUUGAGAGCAGCACUGAGUGGCAGGAAUUGCAAGAACUCUUGAUGUGGUCAAUCUCAAAAAUUAAUGUGUAAUUAAGAAUAUCACCAUAAAAUAAAUAUUAGAGCAUGCAGCAUCAACAUUCAGUUAUCUUUCACUAGCUGAAUGGAAAAGAAAUUUGCCUGCCUAGCUGCAAAAUAGCCCUGGAAUUCAAAGUUGUGUGUGUGCGCACUGGGAAGAGAAUUAUAAUUUCUAGAUGUGAAGAUAGAUUCGUUAAAAUGUCAAUACAUAACUGAAACGGUAUUAGAAGUUUGGAGAGCAAAUCGUUCCCUUUAUGAUUUUUCAAAAAUAUAUUGGCAGUGGGUCUGCUCAACAGGAAUUAAUGUUCUUUGCCCACAUUUGUUUUUGUUCUAUUUAACUCUCAAUUUAUUUAAAAAUGCCAGACUGCCUUCCCAGUACCUACAAUGGGAUUGUAGAAGAGUGAAAUAAUUUACCAGUACAAAGGAUGACCUAUUGGUUGUGCCUUUCAUUAUAAAAACAGAAAUGUUGAAUUUUGGGGGAAUCAUCUGGGAUUUCCUGACAUAGCAACAGUCCUAUGUGCUUUAAAGAUAUCUGAAUUAUUUGUUCUUUCUGCUUGGGUAAUUUGUAACCAUGAUUGAAGAAUAGCUUGCUCCCUACAAUUGAGGGAUUUAUUGGACUAUUCCAUGCUAGAAGUGAUAUGGCCUAAUUACAUUUUGAAGUUAAUGCAUAUAAUUUCUGGAGGAUUGUGAAGAGAACAGUAUCUCCAAAGAUUUUAUGGUCCAUUUCAAUGUUUAUUUAAUGGUAAAACUUGUAAGUAAAUUGUUCAUUGCUAACUAAUGCAGUCUCUUAAAUGAGUCCAGAAUUUUGGUGGGCAAAACUGGAAAAUUUAAUUUUUUCUUGUCAAGACAAGAUUUUAUUGUUUUUCUGUUGUUCAUACCUUUGCAACUUGAUAUCAGCAUUGUGGCUGUUGGAAUUGACAUUUGGUGUUUUGACAUCUUAGGUUUGUUAGUAACUGAUCUUGAACUGGAUGUGAUCUGACUAAGAAUUAUAUCUUCCUCUGACUUGUAUUCCUAAUGUUCUGGAUGCCAAUUUCUAGAUUCUGUUGACUUUGGGUGUCUGCUGUAAUAUAUAGGUGAGACGUUAUCAAUAAUCAAGACUUGUGUCUCAUCACCCAUCUCCAUUUUAACAAUUGUGUGGUGAAAUUUUUUUUCUCUGAAUAAUAUUUCACUUCUAUCAUAUUAAAUUCUACUUAUUAUUUUCCUGUGUAUUUACCAUUUGACCCAGUGAGUAAGGACAUCACUGGUAAUGACAUUAAUUGCUCAUCCAUGAUGGCCUUUAAGAAUGAUAGUCAGCCUCUGUCUUGACCCACUGCAGUAUACCUGAAAAUAUUCCCAAGGGUCUGUUGAGUAUAGAGUUUGAAUUUUUAGGCCCCACCUAUCGUGUCCAUUUAAAAUAAAUACCUGUACUGUGACUCAGGGAGCCUACAGAUAAUGAUAUUCUCAGAACUAAUUUCUAAGGUGAUUUUAUGAAUAUUCAACCAAUUUUGGUCUCAGAUGAAAACCUUACUGAACUGAAAAUCAUUAUUGUAAAUUGGAACAAUUCUCAGCCCAACACCAAAUCCUAAAGGAAUCUACUUACCUUGCAGCAUGUCCUAAGUCGAGCAAAUACUAGUAUGGCAGUUUGCAUAAUCCAUGGCAUUGUGUAUUGCUCCCACCAACUUGCAUUUUCCUGUGCUUGGAGAUGAAAAUACUUUCAACAUUUAACAAAUUUGAAAAUUAAAAAUACAGAUUAUUUUCAUUAUUUGAGACAAUCGCAAAAGAUUUUCUGAAAUUACAGUUCUCUCCAUGGAUUAACAUGAUUGAUCAGAAAAGUUGUUUUGCACUUUGCUUACAAUUUUCCCUGAAGUCUCACCAUUUUGACCAUUUAUCAACAGCCUUUUUCAAUGUCAGUUCUUGCUUCAAAUUUCAGUUCAAAAAUGUCAGGGAGCUUAGGGAGGUACAAUCUUCUCACUAAACCAAUACUCACAGAUGUCAUGUUAUCGCACAGAUCUUCAAUUUUACAAUUGAAAAAAAACUAAUAAGUUUCUAAUUUUAAACAGGAUCUGCUUGCAAUUUCCUGGCUUCUCAACACUAGGUUAUUUUCUGUUUCAGUACUUGAAAUGUCUGUUGUAUGGUGCACCAUUAUUGUGUUUUAUUUUUCAACCAUUUAACUUGAUUGGUAUUUCUUUCCUAUGUAGAAUUACUAAUUUUGACUUUUUUUCCAGAUUGAUAUAUUAUGCAUAUCUUGCAGAAAAUUGCGCUUAUUUUCCUGUUUGUUUUUUGCCAGUCUGUUGUAUAUGUUUGAUUCUCACUUUGCUAUUGCAACCUUUUUUUCUUCUUCUGGAUUUUUAAUGCAUUUCUACAUUUCAAAGGUUCAAAGGUCAAGUUUAAUGUCAGAAAUGUAUACAAUAUACAUAUUGAAUGUUUUUUUCUUCGCAAAACAUCCAUGAAAACAGAGAGAUGCCCCAAAGAAUGAACAACAGUUAAACAUGAGAACCCCAAAGUCACCCCCAGAUCGCCCCUCCCAUGCGUAAACGGCAGCGAGCAAUGAUCUCCCCCACCCACCUUCACCAGCAAAAAUAAACAUGCAUCAAUACAAUCAAAUAAAUGCCUUUUAUUUUCCUCCCAUUCAUUCUUUAAAUUCAGUUUUGUAGAAUAUUACAGCACAGGGACAAGCCCUUGGGUGCGCAAAGUACUUGCCUACAUGUACAUGAUCUAUUCUCCAUUCCCCAUCAGUUCAUCUGCCUGCCUAAAUGUCCUUUAAACAUACUAUUGUCUCUGCUUCCACCACCUUCCCUGGUUGUGUGUUCCUUAUGCAAUGUGACCAGAACUGCACACAAUACUCCAAAUGUCACCUAACCCAUGCUUGUACUUCUUGAUCAUUUAUAUGAACGUUGUUCCUUAAACAUAUUUGCUGAUUGUGUAUCAAUCAGCUUGCUUUUAGUUGAUGUAACGUAAACCACAAAAUGAAAUUCAGAAAUUCCAGUGACAAUUCAGCCCUUGCUAACUCAUUUGGGUGAUGCAAUUGCUAUUUUUUUCUUUUUGGCUUUGGGCUCAUUUGAGGAUACUGGACAGAAAUCACAUUCAUGAUUUACAUUCACAAACCCAUAAACUUUGAUGUGAGAAGCUGCAAAGUGCACGCAUAACAAAUGUUAAAAGGGAGAGUUGAAAUUAGAAAGGAACACCUGAGAGCAAAAAAAAUCUAAGAAAUUAAUUGAAUCACUAAAAUUGAGUUUUCCAUGUGUGGUAUUUACAAACAAAAGAUAAAAGGCAUAGAAGUGAAAUUACAGGAAAAUCUCAUGGUGAACGUUUGCAUUUAGGAGUAGUCUGUGAAAAUUUCCAGAGUAGAAGAAAAGUGAAGGGACGUGGAAGGGAAUGAGUAAUUCUGUGCAGAUUUGAAAACAGACUACCAAAAAUCUUGCUAUGAAAAAUUGGGAGCUAUUUUACACACCGCCUAUUUGCAAUUGUAUAUUUGACGGUGAUAUAUUUGAGUGACCAAUCCAUAUUCAAAAUAAUUCAGUGCACUAAUUAUUUUAAUAUUAAGCACAUUCAGAUAAUCAUCGUAUUUUUAAUCUGUUCAAGGUUACUGCUUGCUUUACAUCAUGAGCAGGGCAUCAAGCAAUUGUAAAUUAUCUGUAGUUUGCUGUCUUGGUUAAAAUAGUUCUGGAAUUUUGGAGCUUUAAAUCCUCUUGAAAAAAUUGUAUAGGAAAUAUAGUUUAAAAUAGUUGUUCCAUGGUUGGGAGGUUCAUAUUGUGUGGAGUGUAAUAUUCUAUGCAAUGUGCAAUUUAAUUACCUAUGUACAAUAAACCAUCCAUGUAUCUCUUGAUAUAUUAAAAUUGCAUUUGCACACA